AUGGAUUCCUUACUGUAUCUUCUCAUCUCAUCGACGAUCAUCGUUGGCGCACUUUUUACUUGUGGUAAAAAGAAGUCAAAAGGUAAUACGAAUUCCAUUUCGACACCUGUCAAAAAUUCCGUUCGAAAUGCUCCAGAAAGUGCUCCAGAUGCUCCAGGCGGGCCAUCUCAAGAAAAAGCCCAAGACGGAGCACCGGAAAAACCGGCGAGCAAGAUUGUCCAGUUAGAAAAGAAGGCCAGUGCUGCAAAAGUGAAGUCCGAGGGCAAAAAAUCCCAGAAAUCAAAGGAAUCGAAGAAAUCUGAGAAAAAAUCCAAAAAAUCCGAGAAGAAAUCGAAGAAAGAUUCAAAGAAGGAAUCCAAAAAGGGUUCAAAGAAAGGAUCAAAGAAAUCAGAAAAGAAGGCGAAAACGGUCAGUGAGGAGCAGAGGCCAGAUCGUCCGGAAAAGUUAACAACCGAGGAGAAAGCACCAGAAAAGCCGAAAACUGAAAUUACGAAAGAGGCGACACCAUCGAAGAAACCUGAAGGAGCCGCCGAAAUCUCGAAUCCCCUCGUGACACCUGAAACUGAUGAAUUCCCAACUUUGGAGGAUGAAGCUGAGAAGACUAAAAAUGACGGAGGAAAGAGUAAGAAUGCAAAAGAGGGAGAGAAGAAGGCGGAUAAGGACAAGAAGAAGUAG